AGCAUUUUCACUUCUCUACGUCAUCUAUACCAGAUCCUGUCUCCUCCCUCUAUCAACCAGACAAUUCUCAUGAAGGCCGCAAAGAAAUAGCACAAGAAAAAAGAAAGUCGUGACUGGAGGACCGAAAGGCCUUUUCCGGCUCAUCGAACCAAUCAAAGAUGCCUGUUAUAGACAUCCGCAAGGACUUGUCGGCUCUCUUCACAAAACAAGCCCAGAGUACGCCCGACAAUGUCGCGUUAGAGGACGAGAAGAACACAUACACCUAUACAGAAUUGCACGAUAAGGUCGCCGUUCUUGCUGAUCGCUUUCGCAAGUAUGGCGUCGGUCGCGACAAGCUCGUCGGAGUGCUCUUGCCUCGAAGUGCCGACUAUGUAAUUGCAUGCCUUGCUGCUCUUCGUGCAGGAGGAGCAUUUCUCGUCCUCGAGCUUGCCUAUCCUCCCGACCUGCUGGCUGACGUUCUCGACGAUGCAAAACCAGCAGUGGUGGUGACCUACCGGGCGGAGGUUGGUAAGAUCAAAGGACGGACGAAAAUCAUUGCUUUGGACGACGAGCAAGAAACGGAAGUGAAUGGUCAAACAGAAGAACCAAGUCCCUUACCAGCCGAGACUGACCUAGACCGGUUGUCCUUCGUGGCCUAUUCAUCAGGUACCACAGGCAAGCCCAAGGGGAUCGCCAAUCCUCACAAAGCCCCAGUGCUUUCCUACAACCUAAGAUUCGGAAUUAGCGACCAGCAACCGGGAGACCGAGUAGCCUGCAACGUCUUCUUCGUCUGGGAAAUCAUUCGUCCGCUGUUGCGAGGAGCAACCGUCGUUGCUGUUCCCGACGAUGCUAGCUACGACCCCGCCGCGCUUGUCGACCUCUUGUCUGCGAAACACAUCACAGAGACUUUGAUGACACCAACACUUCUGGCAGCAGUCCUGUCCCGGCACCCAGAGAUUGGAAAACGCCUCCCAAAGCUCCAGACCCUCUGGCUCAAUGGUGAAGUCGUGACCACGGACCUUGCACGUCGAGCACUCAAAGCUCUUCCAAAUACGCGACUCCUCAAUUGCUACAGCGCCUGUGAAACACAUGAGGUCGCUUGCGGUGACAUUAAAGAAAUGCUGGAUGAGGAAUCGACUUACUGUCCCGUGGGUCCUCCGCUGAACCCCAAGCACACCUAUAUUCUCGAUGAGGGUGGGCAGAAGGUCGAACCUGGCACCAGUGGGGAACUGUUUGUCGGAGGUCCACUGUUGGCCCGAGGAUAUCUUAACCGACCUGAGACCACUGCUAAAGCUUUCACACCUGACCCUUUCGACUCAACUCCAGGAGCCCGCAUGUACAGAACGGGCGAUCUCGCUCGAUUGCUGCCGAAUGGUCUCCUGGAAAUCACAGGCCGUGUAGGAGCUAUGAUCAAGCUGCGAGGCUAUUCUGUCGUUCCUGGUAAAGUCGAGAAUGCCAUUGUUGCACAUCUAGCAGUCAGGCACUGUGCCGUAGUGGCUCACGGAGAAGGCCUUGAUCGGCAACUGGUCGCCUAUGUCGUUCGCGACAAGGAGCAGUCAGAGGAUCGUCCUGUGGUGGAGAUCAACGAGUCAGGCCGUAGCCCGGGCGCACGGAAAAUCCUCUCGCCAUACCUAGCUCACUACAUGGUACCAAGUUUAUGGGUUGAGCUCAGCGAGCUACCCACCCAUGAGGUUUCUGGUAAAGCCGACCUAAAACGACUGCCCCCGCCGCCGACCGAGAAAGCUGGACAGGUCAAUGGCGGGAAGAUUGAACAGCAGGAUCCGAUAUCCAUUGAGUCAAUAGCUGAAGUCUGGGCAGCAACUCUGAAAACAUCACCGAGCAAUAUCUCACCCGAGCAUAAUUUUUUCGAUCUGGGCGGCCAUUCUCUAUCGCUGGCGGAUCUUGCAUCCAGACUGACGAGAAAUUUUGGUUUCCGCAUUCCUCUCCAGCGGCUUGUCGACCCUCCGACUCUCAAUGGCCAUCUCGAGACCGUACGUGCUGUGCGAGAUGGACAGAUGGCGGCUGUACAAGCUGAUCUUCCUGCUGUCUUGCGCGCUGAUUCCGUUCUCGACAAGGACAUUGUGCCAUCCAAAACCACCAUCUGCGCCCUCAACAAAGCAGACACGGUGCUCUUGACUGGUGCCACCGGUUUCUUGGGGGCUUUCCUACUUAACGACCUUUUGGAAAGCACUUCGGCCCAGAUCAUCUGCCUUGUCCGUUUCAAUGACCCUUCGGAUGAAGAUACGCCAGGAGGUAUUGCCAGAAUCCGUCGGAAUAUGCUCGAUCUGGGACUGUGGAGUGACUCCAUAAUGGAGCGUGUUGAGAUACUGCCUGGUAAUCUCUCUCGGAAACGAUUUGGCCUCUCACAUCAGGCGUUUGACGAGCUAGCUUCCCGAGUCCAGGUCAUCAUCCACGCUGCCGCCACUGUCAACCUCGUCUACCCGUACGCGGCCUUGCGAAAUGCCAACGUCGGAGGCACGAGGGAGAUCCUACGCCUGGCAUGCCGUGGUGGUGCCACCGUUCAAUAUAUCUCAACCAACGGGGUCUUGCCUCCAUCACAGACAGGCUGGCCGGAAGGGACCAUGCUCUAUGUGGACGAAGUUCCAGAAAAGCUGCACGACGGGUAUGGCCAGACGAAAUGGGUAGCUGAACAGCUCGUCCUCGAAGCCGGUCGCCGCGGCCUGCCAGUCAAGAUCCAUCGUGCGGGGACGAUCAGCGGUCACAGCCUGACAGGUGCAGGGAAUGCUUGGGACCUGGUGUCUGCGUUGAUCGUGGAGUCAUUACACCUAGGCUACGCGCCGGACGUUGAGGGCUGGCGUGCAGAAAUGACUCCGGUGGACUUUGUCAGCAAAGCCAUCAUCCACCUUUCGAAUCAGACCCACGCAAAACAGCUAGUGUUUCAUCUCGGCGAUCCAGAUCCUGUCGACACUCGAAUCGUAUUCGACAAUCUCCGGGAACUUGGUUAUCCGACAGAACGACUGGGCUUUGAUGACUGGGUGGCAUUAUGGAACGAGAAGAGGGGUUCUGCCAAAGGUGGGGAUGGUGCUUUCACCGUUGAUAUCCUCCGCAGUGGUAUGCCGAGCGUCGACUUCUUGCAAGGUAUUGUGGUCCUCAACAAUGCUGCCACUAGGCCAUUCCGGUCGAUCGUCGAGCGGCCGAAGGUCGACAGCGUCCUUCUCGAGACGUAUACCCGCCACUGGUUCGCUCGAGGCUGGCUCCCUCGUCCUCCUUCAAGUCAACGUUCGCUCGGAGGAUCAGCACGGCCCAUUCGCAGAGGCCCACUGGCUGGCCGCGUAGCCGUCGUCACAGGUGCUUCGUCCGGCAUUGGAGCUGCCGUCGCUGUUGCUUUGGCUCGAGAAGGAUGCCAUGUCGCUCUUGCGGCUCGACGGAUCGACGCCCUCGAAUCAAUCAAGCGGAGAAUGGUCGUUCGUGAAGGGAAAGUCAUUGUCCGGCAGACGGACGUGACGGACCGAAAACAAGUCGAAGCGUUGAUCAACGCCGCUCACGGCGAACUUGGCCCCGUCGACAUCAUAGUCUCAUGUGCUGGCGUCAUGUACUUCACGAUGAUGGCCAACGCACAGGUUGAAGAAUGGGACCGCACAGUCGACGUCAACUGCAAAGGUCUCCUUCACUGCCUGUCAUCCACUGUACCAGGCAUGCUGUCUCGUGGAAGUGGACACAUCGUUGCCAUCUCGUCUGAUGCCGGUCGGAAGGUCUUCCCUGGCCUGGGUGUAUACUCUGCGAGCAAAUUCUUUGUGGAGGCUACAUUACAGAGUCUCCGACUCGAGACUGCUGGGAAGGGUCUGCGUGUCACCAGCGUACAGCCUGGAAAUGUUGCCACGGAUCUCCUGGGCAUGUCCACGGACGCUGAGGCGAUCAAGAAGUAUGGCGAGCCAUCUGGUGCCCAGAUCCUGGAUCCGGAGGACGUAGCCAAUUCGAUCGUCUAUGCGCUGAAACAGCCAGCGCAUGUCGCUGUGAAUGAAGUGUUGAUUGAGCCUAGAGAUGAGCCAAUAUGAUGGGGUUGUGUUUUUUCUUGGGACAUUGCAUUGCAUAGAGACGGAAUGAGGGAAUGAGGGAAUGUGGGAAUGUGGGAAUGGUGAAGGAAAGGUAUAGCGACCAUUUCAGACUGAUAGAUCACCAAUUUUCAGAGGGUGUUAUCCAUAGUAACUUUGCACUUUGUUUAGCAUCCCGAGACUGGAUAAGUUGUCGCUGUUGUUAAGCCCCGUAUGUAAUCAAUUUUGGUGGAGAGGCCAGCCUGAUCAGACGUUCAGACCAGAGGAGAGUUUGCCCAUGAAACCAGGUGUAGG